CAGUGCAGUGAGUGAACAGUUUGUAAUCUGGCACUUUAAAAACUAUGAUAAAAUUCGAUAUCGCCCACAUAAAACUCCCGUUAUAAAUAUUAAUUCAGUCGUGAAAAUAUACUAACACUAUACACGGAGUGAUAACAACAUGUCUCAUCAAACCGGCAUCCAAGCUAACAAUGAAUUAAAGAAAUACUUUGGAAAAUGCAGAGAUGGAAAAAUUAGAGUUUUGAAAGUCAGCAUUGAAAAUGAGCAAUUGGCAUUGGCAAAAUAUCAUUCUGUCAAAGGAUCAUUUGAAAGUGACUUUGAUAAAUAUGUACCAUCAUUGAUUGUAGAAGAUCUGCCAUGCUACAUAUUGUACAGGUUUGAUUCAACAAAUUCAUUGGGACAUGAGUGGCUACUUCUCAGCUGGUCCCCGGACAGUGCACCAGUGAGACAGAAGAUGUUGUAUGCCUCUACCAAGGCAACACUAAAACAAGAAUUUGGAUCAGCCCAUAUCAAAGAUGAAAUGCAUGCAACUGUUAAGGAGGAGGUAAGUUUAAAGGGUUACAAGGCGCAUGUGAGUGGAGUGAACUCUCCGGCACCGCUGACCGACCGGGAAGAGGCCUUGAAGGAGUUACAGCAGACCGAACACAACACUAACUAUGGAACUGAUGCCAGGCAGUCAACUAUGGGAGGCAUCUCAUUUCCAAUAACCGAGUCUGCCAAACAGGGUUUAGCGGAUUUCAAACGUGGUUCCUAUAAUUAUUUACAAUUCAAUAUAGACUUAGAAGAGGAGAAGAUAUGUUUAUCGAAAGCGGCGGUGAUAGCCGUGACGGACUUGCCUGCUCAGGUGCCGAGCGACCAGGCGCGGUACCACCUCUACCUGUUUACACACACACACGAGGGUGAUCACAUGGAGAGUAUAGUUUUUAUUUACUCGAUGCCUGGCUACAGCUGCACUAUAAAAGAGAGGAUGAUGUACUCUAGCUGUAAAGGACAAUUUUUAGAAAUCAUCGAAAAACUUGGUCUUGAAAUCGUUAAAAGGUUGGAAAUAGACGACGGCAAGGAACUGACAGAAGAAUAUUUGUUCGACGAAAUCCAUCCUAAAAGGAACCUCCACCGACCCGCGUUCGCCAAGCCAAAGGGCCCGCCCAAUCGCGGUGCCAAAAGAAUCACUAAAUCGCAAUCUGCUCAAUAACUUACAUCCAUGUUUUAUCGAUUCCGAUUUUUUAUAGUUUUUUAAAUAUUUACAAAUUUACUUGUUGCUAUGUGAUUUUAUAAUGAGUUAUCAAUUCAUUAAUUGAGAAGUAUUAAUUUUUUGUUCAUUACUUCUACAUUAAUAAUAAUAUAAACGCAAAAGUGAGUCAGUAUGUUUGUUAACUCAUUACGCUUAAAUAGCUGAACCAAUUUUGAUGAAAUUUGGUGUGAAGACACUGUCCCGGUUUUUUCCGAGAUAAAGACUAUCCCAUGCCUAAGACACACCGCAUUUAUAAUAAUAUUAUGGAUAUUAAUUAUUAUUUAAAUAAAUAAUUACAUUGAGAAAGUAAGUACCUAAUGUCUGUUAGGUCUUUAUUAGGAAAUACUUUUUUCGACCGUUAAACACAUAUUUUUAAUUAGAGGUUUCUAUGAUAGAGUAGGUAUA